UAGUUAGUGUCGCGAAAAACAGUUCUUUCUACGCUACAAGCAGUAAGUUUUAUUCAACAAACAUUGUGUGUUCUUUGUGAAUUGAAAAAACGCCAGAAAUCUAAACAGCUACUACGAUACCAAGUCUACAGGAUUCAACCAAGGAGAGUAAUUCACCUGAACAUCGAUCAUCAAAGCAGCCAUCAGAGAACUUCUCAGUAGUAAGUCUUUAAGUCGUCUUUUUUCCUUUUUUUUCCUUUUUAUUUCUUCGCGAGUUAAGUAAUCUGCAAAUCAUCAUCAUGUCUAAUUGCAAAUCAAAACCCUAAAUCAUCGACGAGGUGUUUGUAAGGCGCGACUUACAAGGUUUCAAAAAUCAGUGGCAGAAUGUAAAGAAUCUAAACAGAUACCAGCACUCAAGGCACAGUUAAGUCGCAUAAUGGACACUUGGGACGACUUUCAAAGGAUUCAAAAAGAAAUUGAAUUGGCGGAGAUCGAAAGUAUUGGCGAGUCAUCAUCGAAAGAAGAACAUGAACGAGCGGACUUCGAAACCCUUUGGUACCAAUGUGUAGAGGCAGCAAACGAACUCAUAAAACGCUACCAGAAACCAUCCUCAAAUUCCACAGCAGGACAGUUAGCCGAUAAUUCCUUAUCACCGUCUACAGUCCAAGAUGUUCACGUAAGCUGCAGGUUACCGAAGAUUGAACUUCCUACGUUUGACGGAUCUUACGACAAAUGGCUAAAUUUUCGCGAUUCAUUUAUUUCGAUGAUUGACAGCAAUCCAGCGCUUCCAGUUAUUCAUAAAUUGCAUUAUCUACGUUCAUGUGUUAGGGCAGAGGCUGCGGAUCUCAUUCAUUCGUUGGAGUUAUCGGAAGAUAAUUACCAAGUGGCAUGGUCGCUUUUACAGGAGCGUUACAGUAACGAACGGGUGAUUAUUUUAGAACACGUAAAUGAAGUCUUCACAGCACCAACAAUUAAACGACCAGACGAUUCCCAACUUGAAUGGCUUUCUGGAGGACCAGCGUUCACCGACAGUUGCAUCAUACAACAAUCUGGUUGUCAUCUCAACGUAGACAAUCCUAAUGAAGAAAUCUCCAAAUUCUGGGAAAUUGAAGAGGAACCUGCAAUAAUAUUCAAUUCACCAAACGAAAAGGCGUGCGUGGCACAUUUUCAUGAACAUGUACAAAGGGAUGACGCUGGGAAAUACAUUAUGAAGCUUCCAUUCAAAGAAUAUGUAAAAGAUCUUGGAAAAUCAAACAAAACAACGCUACGUAGACUCUAUUCGCUAGAAAAAAGGUUGCAGUCAAACUGAAAUUAAAUCACGCGUGGCACUCAUAAGAACGAUCUCUCUACCGCGCCUUCAACUAUGCGCAACUGUUGUUUUAGUUAAAUCAGUUAAAGCAAGCAUCAAGGCAUUAGAACACCUAAAUAUUAACAACAUUGUGUUGUGGUCUGAUUCAGAAAUUGUACUUUGGUGGAUUAAUUCAGCGCCACAUACCCUUACGACAUUUGUGGCAAAUAGAAUAUGGUAUAUUCAAUCGCAUACAAGCUUUCGCCAGUGGAGACAUGUUCCAUCUGUAGACAACCCCGUAGAUAUUCUUUCUUGUGACGAAAACAUAUUGCAACUGGAUUCAAGCUCUCUAUGGAAUCAAAGACCCUCAUGGCUUUUGAAAGAAAAAGGUCAUUGGCCAAGACACCGCAUUUGUUCUACUGAAAUCCCUGAGAAAAAACCUGUCAUCGCACUUAGUGUUGCAAUCUUCGGUUAUUUUGUUUUAACAAAAUUUUCUUCCUGGACAGAAUUUGUGCGUGUUCUAUUAUACUGCAUGAGAUUUAUUCGAAACAGUAGUAAGGUCGUAAAAAAUGCUGGACCAUUAUCAACAGAAGCGUUUACCUUAGCAAAACUCAUUAUAAUCAAAUUAAUUCAAAAAGAAACUUUUUCACCUGAACUUCACAGUUUAAUACAAGUUACAAACACCGAAGUAGAGGCAAUACUUAACUCGCGCCCCCUUACACCCAUUUCCUCAGAUCCAAACGACCUUUUAAAACCCACCAGUCAUUUCCCUAUUGGCGACUUACUGACUAUUCUUUCUAGUGACCAAAGUGAAGAACUGUGUGUGUGUUGUGUAUAUGCGCGUGUGAGUUCUUUUGAACGCUAUCGGUUCAAGGGCGGCGGGAUGUUUAGUCCUAAUACUUAUCUAUGUUUUUACAAUUAUUUUUAGUUAG